UAUUGAAGUGGUUUGAACGUUUUCCUCAGUACAAAGGAAGGGACUUCUAUAUUACAAGAGAGAGCUAUGCAGGACAUUAUGUUCCUCAGCUGAGCCAGGCAAUUGUAAAACACAACUCUGCAACAAAGGAAAAAGCCAUUAAUCUGAAGGGUUAUAUGGUGGGAAAUUCUUUAACUGACGAUCACCAUGAUCACUUGGGGCUUUUCCAAUUCAUGUGGUCAGCUGGCUUGAUAUCUGACGAGACAUACAAAUUACUAAACCUUCUAUGUGUUUCUCAGCCAUUUAUACACUCCUUGAGUUCAUGUGAUAAGGUUCUCGAAAUUGCUUCUGAAGAACUUGGCGACAUUGAUCCAUAUAGCAUCUACACUCCCGCCUACCUUGCUAAUGGUAGCCAAACAAAUCAAUUGCGGAAAAGAAAGCACGUGAGUAUGCUAUUUGAAAUCACUUAUCUUAUUUAA